GUAUACUUGAAUUACAAGUUUUAAACUAGGCUGGAAAAAGUAUUUUUGAAAAAAUUUUGUUGGAAUAUUCAUAAACGGUGGUACUAGCUAGUAUACAUCUUAAUAUGAAGGGUAGCUAUAAGCUAUAUAUCAAUUUGAUUAUGCAUCAUAAGUAAUCUCUUCUAUUUCUUAUGGAAAAUUCCAUCUUCACCAUCUGGUAUACUCAUAUGUAUUAUUAAAAGUACAAUGGGUACUGUACUAUGGGCUGAUAAAAGAAAAACUGCGAUGAAAGGAAUGGAAAAGUACUAGAACACAGGGUUGUAUCAAGGUUUGAAUUCUCGAUGCAGCGGUUUUAUAUAGCAAAAACUCAUCUACUUUUAAUUCUUAACAUGCGUUUUAAACAAUAAAAAUAAUGUAAAGCGCAAUCUUAUUGAACCGAUGCCAGAGUGUGGAUAAACGAGCAAAUCGGUGACGUCAAAGUUCUCACAGUUUCGUCGCAUAUCCAGCUGAUCCAGGGCCAAAAAAAAUGAUUUUCCUCAUAUCUCUCCGCAGUCAAAAUAAUACUGCGGCACAAAACAGAAAUUCUGAAAAUUGUUUUUAUGCUGAAUUAUUUGAAAGUUGGCUGACUUCUACCGGGUUCUCACCAUAGGAACUGACUCAGUCAGCUGUGCUCGCUUCAACAUGUGAAGAGGUGGUCGCUGGUCAACGAGAAAAUAUUCUCGAACAUUUCAGAAGAAUUAAGUACCGCUUAUUUUGUUUUUUGAAAGUGAAAUUUUUGAAAUUGCCAUUAGAAUGGAUUCAAUGAAAAUUUCUCCUGAUGGAGGAUCUGCUACUCUACAGUAUAUCGCUGCAGCAGCUGCUAACUUAGCCAUUGUUACCGAUGGUAUGCACUAUGGAUGGCCCUCGCCAUCCCUCCCUCAGCUACUCAACAACACGAAUUCCACCCUAAACAUCACCAGCGAUGAAGGUGCCUUAAUGGCAGUAAUGCCCCUGUUAGGAGCUGUAGUUGGAGCCCUAACAGCUGCCAAUAUUGUAGACUAUUUUGGACGGAAGAAGACAAUAAUUUUUACCACAGUGCCUUUUUUUUUAGCCUGGCUCAUGGUGGCAUUCGCUAAAACUGUUACGUUUUUGUAUGUAGCCAGAUUCAUUGCUGGAAUAGCCGAUGGAGUUACAUUCACAGUAGUGCCAAUGUACACAGGAGAAAUCGCAGAACCCCGUGUCCGAGGAUUACUAGGCUCUAGCUGUUCAGUAUGCUGGAUUUUAGGUUUUCUCCUCAUCAAUCUCAUAGGAUCUUACAUGAGCAUCACCAAUGCUGCCUUAGUAUCGUCGUCUCUAUGCAUAAUCACUUUUCUUACAUUCAUUUGGAUGCCCGAAAGCCCUUAUUAUUUAUUAAUGCGUAACAAAGUUGAAAAGGCUAAAGAAAGUUUGAGAAAGUUCCGACCUAAUAUUAACGUUGACGAAGAAAUUUUUAAAAUGCGCUCUUCAAUACAAUCAAGCAACAAAGUUAGAGGGAAGUUUUUUGAUUUAUUUACUAUUCCUAGCAAUAGGAAAGCUGUUAUUAUUGUGGCAGGUUUGAGAGGCUUUCAACAAUUCAGUGGUACCACUGCCAUUACUUUUUACGCGCAAGAAAUCUUUGCACAAGCUGGAAGUCAAAUUUCAGCAAAGACUGCAUCAAUUAUAUAUUUUGCUGUGAUGUUACUCAUGACCAUGUUGUCGUCAAGUAUUGUUGAUAAGGCUGGUCGAAAACCGCUUCUGUUGAUAUCCAUGACAGGGUCUAUUGUAGCCUUAUUCAUUGAAGGAACCUAUUUUUAUAUUGAAAAAGAAACUUCUAUUGAUGUUUCAAACAUGGAAUAUAUUCCGAUUGGCAGUUUAUUACUGUUUGUAAUAUUUUUCAGUGUUGGUAUGCAAAGUAUUCCGAUUUGUCUUCUUGGGGAACUUUUCCCCACAACUGUGAAAGCUUAUGCUCUAUGCCUGGCAGAUGUUUACUUUAGCAUUAUAGCAACUGCUGCCUCAAAAUUCUUGCAAGUUAUGAUGGAUACUUAUGGUAUUCAUAUGGCGUUUUAUGGUUUCAGUAUAUUUUCUGUAAUGGGACUGAUAUUUAUUAUAUUUGUGGUUCCUGAAACUAAAGGAAAGAGCUUGGAGGAAAUUCAACAGUAUUUGAGAGGGGAUGUCGAAGUUGAAAUGCGUAGUAUUAAAGUUAAUGGGGAAAAGGAAAGGGAAGCGGAAGAUUCUUUGUUGAAAUCUUAGGAUGUUCUACAGUGGAAUGUGUAACGGUAAAGAUAAAUUUUGAAAAAGAGGGUUCUUGCCAUAUUACCUGAUAAAUGAUUCUAACGAAUUUAUUGUGAUCAAUAAUUAUGUAAGCAUUUUUUUUUUUCAAACUAUAGGUAUGCAAAUAUGUAUAAUACAUAUUGAUUUUAUUUUUAUGGUAUAAUUUAUAAGGAUUGUUAGAUAUUUAAGACUUGCCUAGUUUAAGGUGUAGUAAAUUGAGAUUUUAAACAAAAUAUUCUAUUUUAUAUUUAGUCUUCAUCUGUGUUUGUUUCUUUGAUAAUUUUAUUUAAAUUUAAAGUUAGUUUUAGUAUAUUCUUUGUGGGAUGUGUGCAUCUUUUGAUUUUCAGCUAAGCAAAAUACUUGGCCAAGUUUCUCGAUAAGAGUUGGGAGUACUUAUUAAUUGUUGAUCUCUCGCAAGUAUUUUUUUAAAAACUGUGUAAUUUUUUUAGAACAAAUAUACAUGAUAAGUUUUUAA